CACGACCGUGAUCAUGUGUGCCAGCCGUGAUGUGUUCGUGGCCUAGCAUCUUAGCAUCCGUGAUCUUGUGUCUUUGGUGUGAUUUUCCGUUUGUGACUGUUUCUCCACAUUUAUGCUUGAAUUCUUUGAUAAUAGCACUCAAAUCUUGAAAAGCCACCUAGAAGAUCACGAAUAUGAAAUUGGAAGGAAAUCUUGGCUAAAUCAAGGUUCAGAUGGUCUUUGGAUGCUUGAAUCUUCAUGAAAACACUUUAGACUUAAGGACUAGAUAACACCAUUUCAGGUGUGAUCAAAUUCCUCCACACUUAGACGGUUCUUGCCUCAAGCAAACAUGUAACUAAAACAUUCAACUCAGCAUCCCUAGCCUCUCCCCUCAAUUUGUUUCUUCAUGGAUUAGUAGUCACUAGAAAUGCACAUUUUUCAUUUCAAUGUUUGACUCGAUUCAGAAAGUUACGACUAACAUGUUCUUGAGUGACCAAAGAUUGGUGCAAGAUGCAAUAUCACAACUCAUAGGUGUAAGCAAGAGGAUUGAAUGCUCCAAUGAUUCUAUUAUUUACUUUCUCCUCAACCAUUAUUCUCUUUUUGUAAAUUUUUCUUCGAGGUUGUAGCAACUUUGAAUUUAUUUUGUUAUUUCCUCAAUCCGGGCAAGUUGGGGAGUCUCUUUUACGACUCUUUCCACCUACCUAUACCAUGGUCCGUUGGGAGGGACACAUAACCCUCUUUUAAGAACGAGCAACCACCCUCUUUAUUUGAUUGAAAAAUGUUAAGUUGGGAGAAAUCACAUAACCAAGAAAAUUUUGACAGAUCUACACCUUGUAGUCAAGAUUUUCAAACAAGCAACCUAUCAUCCAAACACUUUUCAAACAUAGACUCUGUGACACGUUGAAGAAUAGAAAAUUGGCACUCCAUCCUAGGCUCAUCUUAAAUGCACGGGGCCUAAACUAACUACCCCAUCUUGAGGCCAAGAAUAACUCAAAAUGGUGUUUCUAGUACAUGGCAGACCAAGGUCGUAUUCCUCGGGUCAUCGAUAUUCUAAGCUACUUGUCACUCAGUUGUUAUCUAGUAAAUCAGGUUUUGGUUGCAGAACAGUUGGUAAGAAAUGGUCAUGAAAGCAUAAAUGAGAAAGCAGGUACCUGGGGAUCCACCCUCGCCCUAGUUACUAUGUAUGUCAUGAAAAAGGAUAGAAUUUCCGAUUUAUGGGGAAUGAAGUGAGGGAAUCACUAAUACAAGAGCUAGCUCAAUGGGCAUGCAACUAACCCCCUCCUAAUCUAAUCCACUGACCUAAUCACGUCGAGGGGAAGAUCUUGGAGCCAUGAUAGCUUGGUGGUGAACUACAAAACGGUUGAAUCUAGGAAUGCAUGGGUUAUGUGCUCCAUUGCUACCUUGGUCUUUGGAGACCGUCUUUUUGUUCUUCAUUAGGGUGCUCCGAAAGUGGUGCUGGAUGUGGUUGUGGUUCUUCUUCUUUUUCUUCUUCUUCCAAUAUCACUUCCUUUUGCUUAGUUUUACUCCUUUUCUUCCUUGAGUAUUGAUGAGUUCUAGGAGGGUUGGUCCUCUCCCAAAGUUGGGAACUCUCCCCUCGGAGCAUACCCUUAUGCUUGUUCGGUUCCCUACACAAAAGAAGCAUUGUAAAAGGUACACAAGAACCAUUUAUCCACUCACAUAUAUAAAUUUGAACUUUGUAAAACAUCCUUGACCACCAUCUAUGCACCACCACACUUAAUUGUAGUUAUAUAUUCGAAGAGAGACCAUAGUUGAUAGAACAUGAGGUAAUGGAUAAAUUCAACUAAACGACUCUCAUUCUCCACAAAUAAGCCAAGCUAAUGCAUGAAAGGUUAUAUCUUGACUAUACAAGUUGAAAUCUAGAGCAUAGAAUCAAAGAAUUAGUAUAUUAAUUGAUUGGGGAAUUUGACGAACACUUUGUUGGCAUACUGAUAUCGUCGUAUUUGCGCAUGUUUGCACUCGUGUUCUUUAACUGUUCUGGCUGGAAUUUGUGGUUUCUUGGCCUAUUUUACGAUAGGUUGUUUUAUUUUGUCACAUUUAGGUCCUAGCAGGUAGAAGAAUGCAUAGGUGCAAGUUUUAGGUCAUUUGGUGAUCAUUUGGCAGUUCCGGAGACAAAAUACUGUCAUCCCCUGCAAAAGCACAAUAGUGCUUCUCGUGAUGCCAGCCGGUAUUUAUUCGGUCGAGCAUGGUGAUGGCUCAGGUAAAAAACAUGUUCAAGAUUCCCAAAAGCACGACCGUAUUUCUGCAGCAUCCAGCUCGUAUUUGUAUGGACGAGGCUAGCCCUUGAAGAUUUCUAAAGGAAGGAAAAUUACGGGCAGGUGAGGACUAAAGCACGAUCGUGCUUUACAAAAUAAAACUGGGGCUUUUCAAAAUACUGUCAUUAUUUUUCCCAGACGCGACCGUGGAUUUCUCCGUCUCAACUUAAGCGAAACACGCGUUUUGGGCAAAAUAAGGGUGAAGGAGAAGCUCGACCGUGCUCUUGCCCAUAUUUCACCCACUAUCCGGGUAAAUAGGCAGAUUCGAGCCAAGGGAAGGGGAUUUGACUUUUUGGAGCAAAAACUGAGUUUAGAGAGAGAAAGUGACAAAGAACAAACCCUAGGAGCUAUUUGGAGUGGAUUUCUCACCAUUGAAGCCCAAAUUGUGUCUUUAGGAGUGAAGAUUGACAUCCCAGAGCAAAUUAUUCUCAUCUUUAUGAGAAUGACUACUUUGAUUUCUGUUUUCCUCUCUCUCUAUCUCUCUCUCUCUCUAUAUAUAUAUGGAGUAGACCAUUCUCUCACUUGGGUAUGAAGAACCCUAGUUCCAUGUGUGAGGAAUCUUGCUUUUAAUGAAUUUUGGGAUGAUAUAUUGAAUGGUUUUAAUCGAUCGAAGUGUGUUUAUUGAGUCAAUUGAAUCCUUAUCAACUUCUCUUGAUUUAUGCUUCAACCUGUGAUAGAUAGAAUAUGAUUAGGUCGUUAGAGCUUCUUCAUUCGAUAGGAGCGAAUUGAUUGUACGAGAGUCAGUUAAUUCACUACUUGGUACUAGAAUCUGUUUCCAGUAGUGGAGUUCUGUGUGAAUUGCCUUGGCAUUCUAUCCCGGUGAAGGCUAGUCCUCUGCCAGAUAGCAUGUCUAAGAGGGCUUGGUCAGCUUAAUAGAUUUCAAGCUACUUUCGGAUCUUGCGCAGUUUAAUCAAAAGUGAAUCCACCAAAGGGAAUUACAACUUGAAGCUAAUUAAGGAGCUAAGGGGACUAAUUACCGAGUGACUCUUUUCUUGCUUCAUAAACCGAACAAUUUACUGCUUUCUUUCUGCUUUAGUUUAAACUCAUUCUUACUCAACUUUCCCUGCUAGAUAAUAGAUAAUCAUGAAGUAGGCAGUACAUCUAGGCCCCGGGUUGACUUUUAUUACUUGAUCCCACUAUACUGCAUUUCCAUUCUGCUAUUACACUUGGUCGAAGUUUGGUGUUGUGUCGUAGCGAGCCAAGUUUUUUGCGCCAUUGCCGGGGAACUCUAGGUUAUUGUAGAAAUGUGAACGUUUGUUACUUUAGCAUUACUUUUCUGCAUUUGUUUUCCUUCCCCUGUUUGCUUUCCCGGGUUGCGUCUGUAGUCUGUGUGCAGGUAGUGCAUGACCUGUAGCCAGUCAGGAAAUCUACAUCCGUUAGACCCAAAAGUUUAAUGAACUUGUUACCAGUUUUAAGCACUCAAACCGAGAUUGGCUACGGAUGACUUGGAUAAGGUCGUUGUUGCUGACGGAUCUGAGAGCAAAGAUGACAUGGGCGAACCCAAUGCUGUCGGGGCGGUUGUCUCUGAGGAGCAGACUAUGAGACAAUACUGGACCGCCAAGGAUGAGGACAUGAGGUCUAGCAUCCAACACGCUCAAGUUUCAGCCAACAACUUUCAAGUGAGCACCUCGGUUAUCACUAUAUUGAGAGGCUCAGUGGUAUUAUAUGGGAGAACAGGCGAGUGUCCCGACGCGCAUUUGAGGCGAUUCCACGAGCUGAUUGAUGGGAUCAAGAUAUAUGGGGUCCCUCAAGAUGCCAUCCAAUUGCACUACUUACCAUUCACCUUGGAAGGACUGUCAAAGUUGUGGUUGGACAACCGGCCUCCAGGAUCAAUCACCACACCGACUUGGCCAACAAAUUCCUGACCCCGCUAUCAUCCUCCCAAAACAGUGGACCUGCUGAUGGAGAUUACCCACUUUGCCCAAGAGGAGGACGAGACCAUCCGGGAUGCUUGUGAGAGACAUACAAGUCUCUUCCUGAAGUGCCCAAACCACGGGUUGAACGAUGCUUUCAAAGUCUGUACCUUCCAUUGGUCCCUCUUAGUUGAGGAUAAGCAGCUAAUCGAUUCGGUUUGUGGCGAGAAUAUGCUGACCAAGAUGCUACCGCAAUUGAACCAACUCUAUGAGGAAUUGGCAGAGCAGGGGUGUAACACCCCGACUUUUAGAGACAGGUUUAUCCCAAAAUAAAUGGAUGGGUUUGGGUCAACCAUUGGACAUAAAUCUUCCAGAGAUUGGUCUGAUAACAAAACCCAUUUGAACAAGACUUGAAUUCGUCCCCUAUUUGAUUUUCGGCGAAGAAAGGAUGGAAUGAUGGGUCCUUGCGUGUGGGCCUAUUAAUCAAGUGUAGCCAACAAAUUCAAGGUGCUCACUUGUCUUCAUCCGCAAUGUAGAGCCCAUUCUCAUGCCAUAACAAGAGCAGGUAAUUAGAGUAACCACAAAUAAAGUGAAAUUGGUGCAAGGUGGGCUGGAAGCGUGAUGAAAUCCAUCUUAGCAUAUAAACAUAAUGCAAUGGG